CAGUUUCACGGAACAGUGCUUGUGAAUAGUCGUUCGGCGAGUUUCGCGUCAGUUUACUAUUACAGUAAAUGGUGUUCCUGCGUUAGUGUACGUGAUUUGGUUGUUUAGUUUCUGUGCACUAAACUGGUGAUCUGUUUUUCUUGCCUGUGAAAAUUUCGUUGCCUGUAAAAUGCCGUAUCGUUGUUGUGUGCCGAAUUGUAGAGGAAAUUACGACGGUGGACCAAAAGUAACCGUGUUUAAAUUUCCGGAGGAUGAAGCAACGAGGAAGAAAUGGUUGUCAAGUAUUCGCAGAGAUAACUUCACUCCUUCUUCAAGUUCAAGAGUAUGUCAUGUUCACUUCCACAAGGAUGAUGUUAUUUGGGAAACACAAAUUGUGGAUGAAAGGACUGGUCAGUUAUUAAGAGCCCCCCUUCUCAAACCACGUUUGAGACCAGAUGCAGUUCCAUCACUACUCCCAAACUGUCCUUCCUACCUUUCAAAGGAAGAAAGUAGACGUGAAGGGCCAGAGGAGAAAAAACAAAGGCUUGAAAAUGAGCAGUUAGCUGCAGCGUUACAAUAUAGUUUAGCAUCACAGAAGGACUAUGAAAACACUUUCAGCUUCAGUUCUUUAGAAGAGUUGAUGUUGCGUACGAAGAAAGUGGAUUUGUCCAACGAGUGGAGUGUGAUCGAAAAACACAGUGAUUUUGUUUGUUUUUUAAAGAUAAUAAGAAAUCCAGCACCAUUAAUCACACAUUCUGUCGUUAUAGAUAGUAAUUUAAAUGUUUCAUUGUUUAAGAAAGAUGUACAAAUUAAGACAUUAGGAAAAAGAUCUUUUCCUGUAAUUGUAACCAAUAUCCAUGAAAUUGUCAGUGUACUGCAGGAGUUUUCAGACACAGAUUGUGGGCACUCAGAAACUUCUAUAGAUAAUAUUGUAGAGAUAGUGAAAGACAGUCUAGGAGUGCUGAAAGACAGUUUGCAGGAGAGUGAAAAGGAGAUGGUAGACUUUAUAUAUGAACAAGUUAGUCUCAUAAAUGUAAAGAAAUUUAAUCAUAGGAGUGUAUAUGGUGACGCCUUUGAUGUGAGGAUCUGCAGUCAGUCUCGCCCUAGAUGCCUCGCGUCGCCAUUUAACCGUGUAGCCAUCAGACCAACCUGUCGAUCGGUGCGAUGUCAGCGGCUGUGCGCCCGCAUGGAAAGUCGACUCGCCCGCUUGCGGACGCCGUUCCCGAGUGCCGUCGCGUCCGAGAUGCCAAUCUGUUGGCACGCGCUGUGGGCGGGAGCCGCCUUUGCUCUUGUGCAGCGGAUUUCCAAAGACGUGCAUCUGCAGGCGAGGGCAGCACGCACGCACUUCACGCAUUCACCAGACACACACGCGCGGGCGAUUGCAGCACUGCGCGGCUGGCAACGUUUCAAACCUACCCAUCGUCUGAGCGCCAAGGACGAGCCUUUUGAAAAGCAGUGGGUGUUGGAGAAGUAG